AUGAGUAAUCAAUCGCUAAAACGUAAGGGCAAAGAAAAUGAAACUUCAGAUGAAUCUUCCUUAUAUAGUGAAUGUAAUAGACUAACACAUCAAGAAAGAAAAAAACUUGAAACUGCUGAAAAGCACAGUGAAGGUUUGGCAAAAGCCCGUGAACAUAUGCGAAAAAAAAGAAGAUGCAUUUUAGAACCUACUGAACAAGAAAACAAUGACAUUAUAAUAGAAUCUGAAAUACUUCCUAAAAACACAUUAUAUGUUCAACAGCUCUCCGAUUUCGAUAUUAAGCUUCUAAAAAAAUUUCGUACUGAGAUGAAUAACUGUGCACAUCACUUUUGUCCUACUUGUAAAGAACGCUUCCCAUCAAUAACACUCGUUAUAGGUGAUGUGCCAGAAGAGCUAAAGUGUCUUACUGAAAUUGAAGAAAUGUUAAUAGCUCAAAUUUUUCCUGUUGUGUCUGUGUAUUACCUACGUAGUGGACAAUAUGCAUAUCGUGGGAAUGUAAUUAAUUUUCCUCAGGAUGUACAGGAAUUUGUAACACGACUUCUUCGACAUCCCUCUUCAUUAGAGAUACUAAUUGUAUGCCGCCAGUCUUCAAGAGACCAGCAUUCAUUCAAAGAUUUCAAUGUUUGCCGGGCCAAGAUUGAACAGGCACUUUACUGGCUAAAGUCAAACAAUCGCUACUAUACAAAUAUUGAAAUUGAUUAUAAUAAUGAAGAUAUUGAAUUUCUGGAUGUUGACGAUGAUCAUAUAAAUAAUAACACUGAAGAUAUUAUUAUGCGUAAUUUCGUGCCUACCCCUGCCCCAUCUUACAAUGAAGAAUAUGCUAUUAAUAAUACUCUUUGUCAGAUGCAAACUGAACAUGAUCCAAUUUUGUGGCCAACAAUAAAAGGGAACCCUGUAAACGAAUUCAAUACCCCAAGAUAUAUUGCUUGCACUUUUCCAACCCUUUAUCCAACAGGAGAUGCCGACCUUCGUGCAGAACAUGCUAAAGAUAUCAAACCAGCUGAAUAUUUCAAGCAUCUACUUAAGUACAAAGAUGGAAGGUUUGGGCGUUACACCCGAUGGAGAUAUUUUGCACUAAAUUCACAAAUGAGAUGGAAAGCAUUACAAAAAGGAAGAAUUUAUAUAAAGCAGAGUCAAAAUAGUAUGCAACUUACUGUUGAAGAAGUACAAGAAUUAGCUAAUAGUGAUAAUCAUCUUGCUGACAAAAUAAUAUGUUUUGGUGAAGACCUGCGUGGAACAUGA